AUGGGCAAAGACAUACCUAUGCUUAAAUUGCACAAUGGCGUGCAAAUGCCGGCAUUGGGCUUUGGAACCUUCUCUAGCGAGAACGUUCCAGGUCAGAUGCGCGCUGCUGUUCUUGCUGCUCUUGAGACUGGACGGGAAUCAAGCUACAAGAAUGAAGAUGAAGUUGGAUCUGCUCUUCAACAAUGGCUAUCACAAAAUCCCAAAGUCAAGCGGGAGGAUAUCUUCAUCACCACGAAAGUCUGGCCGCAUCUUAUGGAACCGGAUGAUGUUGAGUGGAGCCUGAAUAGCUCUUUGGAAAGGCUGGGUACGGAUUAUGUGGAUGCGUAUUUGCUUCAUUGGCCGUUCUCUGUGGAGAAGACGGAAGACCAUCAGGUCAAGCUUGGAGAUGAUCAGAAAUAUAUCCUCAAGCCUUCCCUCACAUCAGACCUCCGUCCCACCUGGCGGGCAAUGGAGAAACUCUACCGCUUAGGCAAAGCUCGCAGCAUCGGCGUUUCGAACUGGACCAUCCCCCUCCUCGAAAAACUCCUCACUUACGCUGAGAUCCCACCCGCAAUUAACCAAGUGGAGAUCCACCCCUAUUUUCCCAACACACGCCUCGUCAACUUCUGUUUCGGGCAUGGCAUCCUACCCGUCGCCUACUCGCCCCUCGGUUCACAGGGUCAGGUUAAGGAAAAUAAGAGGGAAAGGGUCAGCGAUGAUCCGAAACUCAAAGCCAUCGCUGAACAAAAGGGGUCCACAGUGGCUCAGGUACUUAUCGCCUGGGGGGUGAAGAGGGGAUAUGCUGUGGUGCCUAAGAGUGCGAAUGAAGAGAGGAUUAGGAGUAAUUUCGGGCUUCUGGACCUUUCUGAUGAGGAGUUCCAGGCUGUGAACAGUGUUGUGGAGGGAAGGGGAGUGACAAGGUUUGUGAAUCCGAGAGAUAUGUUUGGCUAUGAUGUCUGGGCCGGGGAGGACUGUUAG